GUUGUCGCGCAGCUGGCAGGGUGACGUAAAUAGUAGGCGUCGCAGGGGUUGGCAGUUGUGGCGGCGGCAUGGGCGCGUUGUGGCCGGGUGUGACCUGUUACUUCACGCCGCGCCUCGCCGCGUUGCUCGGCCAAGGCAAAGACAGAGUAUGACGGCACACCAAGGGAAGAGGAGAGCCAAGACACCAUAUGACUCACUGUGGCUUACCAGUUAACUGUGUAGUGUAAGGUGGCCAUGGAGGCCGCAGGCAGCACACAGGCUCCAGCACCUGCAGAGCCUAGCAGGAAGGAGCUUGGAGAAAUUGUGUGGCAAGAAUUGCUGGCAGGGAAUUAUAAAAAUGCAGUGGAGAGAGUCAAGUCAGAAGAGAAUGCAGACUACCUUCGAAACAACAGCCUGGAACUGGUCCCCAUUGUGGCCAAGCUGCUGCAGGAGGAUGUGGGCCCAGAGGGGGAGCUGUGUGUGGAGGACAUCUUGGUGCACAUCGCCUCAGUGGCCAAUCCCAAGGAGGUGGUGUUGGUCCUGCUGGAGAUGCUGGAGAUGAAUCACUCGGCAGCCCAGUUCCGUGUGAUGCUGUCUCCCCUGCAGAGAGUGCUGCUCCGCCAGUCCUCCCCGAAGAACACCCGUGCAGUGACCUUCUCGUGGGUGUUCAAUACAUUGUACUCUCACGUGGCUGCCAUGGAACUCCCACAGGGUCUUAAUCUGGAGGGCAAGGAAAGGCAGCUGCUGGACAUGGAUCCACUUGUAAGAGAAGCCAGUGACUGCCUCCAACACCUCACCCACUUCUAUGAGGGAAUCUUCUCUAAGGUUGUCAGCGGAGAGCUUGCAUGGGGAGGUGGGAAGGACUCAAGAGACUACUUAGCCAUGUUCCUCCUGCAGCUGUUUCACAAGCCCCUCACACACCUGGACGUGUAUGACAAGAGCAAAGGUGAGACUUGCAAUGCCUUGUACCUCUCCUGCCGCUGCUUGGCUUCCAUGGUUGGUCAGCUGCUGUAUAAUGUUUUCAAACUCUUCUGCAGCAUCACUUGGGCAUCACAUAAAACAAUCUUGGCCUCUGAUACAGCAGGUGAUGAAAAAAAUGGCCCCGAGGGAGUGAAUGAUUCCGAGGCCGCUUGUGGCAGUGACGGGAGGGAGGCGCAGGUGUCACAGCUGUCCCUGGCCUGCUUCUUCUACUGUGUGUUAGGGCAGGACAUGGCUGGAGAAUGGGUGCCGCAGAUCUAUUCUCACCAGUAUUUGUUCCUCACCUGCUUGCCUUUAGUGGCUACUCUACUUCAAGAAAAAGAACACAUUCCAGUUCACAAGGGACUCAUUUUAGCCCGUGUACUUCUAAAUAACUUGGCAAGACAUUCUCUCCCUGGUGACUCCCUGGAGGCCAGUGCACACUCGUCCUUCCCUCAGCUCUUGGUGAGAGUCAUGACCUUUUGUGACAACAGAGAGCUUAGAAUGCUGGCCCUGGAAGUGUUCCGCUCCUACCCAUGCAAGUUUGACUCAAAGGGAAGGAGGAAACUAAUUCAGGCACUGCUCCUCUCCGUCAAGCAUGCUGGGGUGUUGGGGCUGGUGAUCCAUGAACUGAAGGAAAACGUUGCCUCAAACCUGAACUCACAGAAACUGGAUCCUAACUUCAGUGGCAGAAACCUGAACCAGCUUGUGAGGCUGGCCUGCACACUCCCUGAGGCUGAGCAGACUGACCUUUUAGAAUGGAGUGACUGUAUCAUGCCUGCUCUUAACCUGCUGAUAUUUCUGUUUGUACGAGACAGGGAAAACAGGACUGGAAUAUGUGCUGUAUCUCAGUCCUUGCAGGAGGGAUAUCUGGCCCAGCUUAAGACAGGCUUAGAUCUCACUAAAGCCCAUUAUGAAUUGAAAAUGAAAGACCUCACAGAAUCCUCCUAUAAAGAGAAGGCAGACAAGAUGAGUGUGAGUGUUGGUGGACAGAUUUUGCCCAACUUGCCAAAGGAUCAGGAAAAGAAGGUUGUGGAGGCUGCCAUCUGCUCCUUAGACAUGAUGCAAUGUGUGUUAGUGAGAGCUGUGCAAGCCAUGGAGAAGAAGAUGUAAAUGUGCAGCUGACUAGCCUUGUCUGCUCCUCUUGAUCUGUAAUGUGUCUCCUGUUUGUGAUAAAAAAAUGGCUUGUGCAGAAUUCUGUAUACUUUGUCAGUCAAAAUGUCACUCAUAUUCAGCCAAAAAAAGGCAUUAUUUCUGAGUUACAUUACCAAGUCUUGUGCGUGUGAGGCAUUUUUUCAAGAUCUCUUCUUUAGCUUAGGCUGAUGUAGUCAAUAAAUGAGAUUAAUGGUA